AUGCACAGACAAAAGCAACAAUCAAUGGCCGACAUUAAACUUCGACGGUUAGUGGAACUUAACCAAAGACUUCGAGAAGAUUUAGAUCGUCCCCGGGUACGUGUUAGUGAAGCAAGUAAUAGAAAUACAAGAGAUUUCUUAGUACCAUCUGUUUGGGGACCUGUCGAUAGACGCGACGAUCCUUAUGCACCAUCUGGUGGUGGUUGCAUCUGUAUCGUUAUGUAA